AUGGAGAACAUUUUCUCAUCUCUGAAUGGCCUCACGGAGACAUGGCUGACCUUUGGCUCAGCUCCCUACCACAAAUACCUCAGCUACAUUCUUCUGAGUGGACUGGGGCUCCUGCUUCUGUACAUCAGCUCCCUGAUAGUGAGACUGCUUGCCCGGUCUCUGCAGAGAAAGAAAUACGCCCCAAAGCAACAGAACAACUUUAAGCACAGAAGGGGGAAAGCAUUUAAACGUAAGAAAGCUGGCCAGAGAGACCCUGAGACAGCAAAGAAGCUGCAGAUAACCCUCCAAAGCAAACCACAUAAUCCCACAGGCUUUCGGCAACUGCUAUGGUCAGAGCCCCUCUGUAGUGUAUAUAACAAAACAAGUCCUCCGGUCAGCUGCCUGCUCUCUCAGGCUCCCCUGGAAGACGGUGGUGAUGCCGCUUUGGUGUCCUCUUUGCCUUCUAGGGCUCCUGUGACAGAAGCUCCGAUUGCUCUACCCUCUGGCUUCCCUGCAAACCAACCGGGACUUCCAGCUCCAGAAGCUCCUCUCCACACUUCCCUCUCCAUCCUCUCGCAGGACCAAAUCACUCCUCCGGAUGGCUUAUCUCGUUCCACACCCCUCAGGGCCUCCCUGUCACCCCAAGCUAUUGCUCCCUUAAAGCCUGCAGUGUUGCUGACCCGUACCCCAUGCAGAACGCUUACUUCUUCUCCACUUGCCACUCAGGAAGCACAGUUGGCUCUCCUAGCACAUGUUCCCCAGUCUCCUGUGGAGAGCCCUAGGGAGCAGUCCUCCAAUGCCUCAACGGCCAAAAGCUCCAUCUAUGAUUCAGCAUCCUCUCAGUUGUGGUUCAGUGCUGAAGACCAGCCCCGGACAAAUUUGCCACACGUGAAGCCCUAUGCUUCUCGAGGCUCAUACCGGAGACUCACAAAGGUCCGUGCCGCGGAGCCUGAAGAUCAUUUGUCCCCCGGCCCCGAUGUCUUAGCACUCUUCAAGAGGCAAGAGAAAAGGGAUGCUGAUGUCGUUGCAUAUAAACUGAAAAAGGAGAAAACGGUAUCUUUUUUAAUACCGGAAAGUACUUCAGGGGAAAUCUCAGCAUCAUCUGCUGAUCUAGAGAACUCGGACCUCUACCACCUUUUGGAUAAAAAAAAGGGAGAGCCAGGGGGCCCUCACCCACAGCAGGAGCCCUCUCACCUGAAGAACUCUGAAGACCAGUCAGAGAUCAAGGGCAACCAGCUCUUCUGGGGUCUCCCUUCUCUACACAGUGAGUUCCUGAAACAUGAAGCUGCUAAUUCAGUUAACAGUUACCCAGAAAGGGACGAUUUCCACAGAAUCUCGGAGGCCUCUACAGGACGUGAGUCUUCCAACCUUACUUACCCCAUACCUCUACUCUUGCCUGAGAGUGACCAACAGGGGCAAAUUGUACCUCAGUCUCAAAUCAAGCCUGACUCUCCUGCCAACUCUAAGGCCCAGAUUCAAUCCAGACGCCCAUUCCUGCCGUCUUCUCCUCAAUCCCAGCUUAGGAUAUGCGGAGUGCGUUUUCACAGCCUAAAGGAUGAGGGGCAGCCCCUCGCGCCGUAUGAACUUCAGCAGCUGGAAUAUAACUUAUUACAAAAAACACUGCAAGGUUUUUUGGGUUUACCCACUCUGACCCAAAGAUUCCAAGAAGGUUUUGGUCCCUCACCUCCUAAAAUCUCCUCAACCAGACAUUCACGAAAGGCCCAUGCUCCUAAGAAAAUCCUUCCCGGAGAUUUCCCUUUCAACUAUAAACUCGAGAGGAAACUAGAACACCAUCUUCGAAAGAGACUCAUCCAACGUCGCUGGGGCCUGCCCCAGAGGAUCCGGGAGUCCCUGUCUUUCAUGAAUCCUCACUCAAAAAUUCCUGAGGUCCCCGAGGCGAAGGACAGCCAAGGACUCUCAUGGAUCUCUCACUAUAAGUUCAACACGAACAGCCUAUCAGGUCUUGGGCUCAGCCAAACUGCAAGCUUCCAUAAAAAGCCCUUAGAGAGUCACUCUCUAAAGGCGAAAGACGUCAGAGUUCAGGGACAAUGUCCAGUAAUAGGCCAAAGAGAUCACACACAGGGUGACCCCAGUGGGGCUAUGAUGAGCAGAGUACAUUCUAAUUCUGAGACAGACCCAGAACUUCAGCUUCGGGAUAUGUCUGGAAAAAUUUCAAAGGCUUCAUGGGUCAAACAGAGCCAGACAGAAUGCGAAAGUUUCCUGCAAGAACAGCUGGGAAGGAACACUAAAGAAAUUAGUAGGGGUGAGACGUCUAGUGCUGCUGAGCGGUCAGGGCAUUCUACCAACAUGGCACGGCCUCCGCCUGGGACUGCCCCCAGACAAGUGGCGCCUUUGCUAAGUGAAGGAGAUGUACGGAAAGAACACGCGCACAGCUUGACGCUUAGUGAUAACCAAGAAAAGGUGCUGGAAGAACACAUCACAACCUUCGGCAGGAGGAUGGUGUUCGGCCUUCCUCAAAGAGUUGAGGAAUCCCUAGAGUCCUACUUGACAAAAGCAGCGCCAUCUCAACCUUCCCAUCAGCUCCACUCUCGAGCCCACAGCGUUUAUGCAGUGGAUUCUGACAAGCCCUCCAGGUUCCUCAGAAGAAACACUAAUGGAGAUAGAAAGGGGACAGUGGAUUUAGUCCCCAUCCAACACAGGCCUCUCCCUGCUGCCUCGCUUGCGGGCCACACACAGCCAGCCUCUGAGAACAAGAAGCUGUGUGUAGACAAAGACCUUAGCAUGGCCCCAAGUGGCCGAGAGCCCAUCAAGCACUGGACACCCAGUAUGGCACACAAAGGCAUCCGGCAACAUUCUAGAUCAGACAGCGGACCUGACCCAGAGCCACCCAUGAGCCCAGAGGGGCCAACAGAGGAGAGAUUGGCUUCCAGCAACAACACACAGGGCUCUCAGGGAGAGAGGAAGAACUGGAAAAACUGCUCCAUGGCUGAGGGGUCCACAGAGCUACACAAGGGAGAGCAACUCCCUGGUCUUGACCCACAGUCCACUAAGAACUUGAAAGGCACCCAGGGCCUGUGCUCCCCAGGGAGCCAUGUGACUGGAUGUCGGUCCCUGCAGGGAAUGUCCGUUCCCCAGGACUCUGAGAUGCCUCACUCUAAAAGUCAGGUGCCCACAGAAGUCGUGCCAAACUCAGAGGGCGAGACACACAUCCAGGUGCCAGGCCUGCCCGCCACAGCCUUUGCAUCAGAAGAAAUGACUUCCAAACCCCGGGGCCCCUCCAGUGGGGACAUGGCAGUUUCUCAGGUGCUGCAUGUGCACUUCCCCUCUGUGGGCAUCAACCUGGAGCCACGGCAGGGUCCCUGGGUCCCUGCAUAUGUCUCAGGCCAGAGCAAGAACAAGGACUGUCCCCCAGCUGCCAGAGGAGUGUCCCUACUGGUAACUGAGGCAGGAAAGCUUGGUGGAGGGGAUGCAGGCUUGGGGACAUCCCGGACCAGAGGCAAGAGACACUGUGCUCAGGCCAGGGCAGCAGAGGAAACCCAAGGACACACAUCCUCCCCAGCGCUGACACCUAAGAGUCAGCCUCUGGAAAAUCAGUUCCCCAACCAGGUGAAGGGCUUCUGGCAGAGGCUGUCCCCUGGGAGGAAACACAAAGGGCAGGAAAAGAUCCUGGCCAGGGGCUGCUCCUCAUUAAUGCCAAUGAAGGGCGCAAGCCUCAUCAAAGGGAGAUGUGAGUUCUGUGGGAACACAGCAGCUCAGAAAUGUGUGAGAGAGCCUGGGAUGGUCCUCAGGAAACAGCUAGGGUUCAGGCAUUGGACAGUCAUUCCCUGUCCCCAGGCACCUGUGUCUCCCCUCAUGGGGUCUGUAGAAGCUCAGCAGGAGUUGCAACUGCAGGCUCAGGCAGAGCCUGCCCAGAGGCUGCCCCACUUCUGCUGCAGAGCUUCCUGCUCUCAAGUGCAGAGGGCUGAGUCCUGCAGCCCAGGACAAGGGCAGACAGCCCUUGAGAGGUGCGGCACUACUGGAAAAGCUAAGAUGGUGGAGCCCUCCCCCAUGCAUGCUUCUCCACCAAAGUCCUAUCUGUAG